AUGCAGGCUCUACACAGUGUGCUCACAGCUAACCAACAAAUUCAAACGGAUACAAGAUCACCAAUCGACUGCAACAAGAUCGUCUCCUUUCAGGUUAGUUGCAAACGGAAUAUCAAAAUUGUCAGUAGUGAUCGCCAAAAACGCUGCUUUGGCUCCUUCCUCAGCAGUCUUCACACCAGCAUGGCCGGUCAUGUUCGUAGAACAAUAACCAGGACAAAUCAAAGUCAGCUUGAUUUUGUAGCCCAAUUUUUCCCAAUAAUUGCGGAAAUUAUUGGUGAUAAGAUUCAGAGCCGCUUUCGAAGAAUUAUAUGGCAUCAGGAAAGGAAGAAUGUUGUCGAAUGCGUUAGCCACCGACUUUGCAUUGCUUCCCAAUGA